AUGACUACUGAAGUUUCUUCACAUUUUUUUUUGGGAUUGCCCAUUGAAAUUAUCUAUCAGGUUCUGGACGAGCUUGAUAUAUUACAAAUUUUAUAUUCACUUUGUAAUGUAUGUCCACGACUGAAUAUGAUCAUUGGUACAUAUUAUCGAUAUAAAACACUCGUCACACUAGAUCUCACAGGAAAUAAACUUGGAGCUCGUGAAGCACAAUGUCUGGCUGAUGCAUUAAAAACUAACACGACACUCACUACACUGUAUCUCGGAUCGAAUGGAAUUGGAUAUCGCGGAGCAACGUAUCUGGCUGAUGCAUUAGAAACGAAUAAGGCACUCACCACACUGCAUCUCGGAUCGAAUGAUAUUGGACCUAGUGGAGCACUGUAUCUGAGUUAUGCAUUAGAAAAGAAUAAGACGCUCACUGCACUGCAUCUCGAAUCGAAUGGAAUUGGAUCCGACGGAGCACAGCAUCUGGCUGAUGAAUUAGAAAAUAAUAAGCUUAUAUUACGGAAAUUCUCACGCUUGACUAAACUAUCGAUUGAAAUGAUGCACUAUUCGGAUACAAGUGAUGAUGAAAGUCUUUUAAACGGCUUCCAAUGGGAACAACUCAUUUCUACAUAUCUACCGACUUUGAAUGUACUGAAAUUUCGUAUUUCAAUAUCGAAAGAGCAACUGAAUGCUCAAUUAAUGGGUUCGUUUCAAACGGAGUUUUGGAUUCAACAUAAAUGGUUUGUUGAUUUUGAUGUUGGUAUACUUUACACAACGACAUAUACGAAAAGAGAAUUAACGUUAUGGUGCACUCGAAAUAUAUCAUCAUUGUUGUCAGGAGUUUCUAAUAGAUAUGAUCAUGUAGAAACAUUAGUGGUGAAUUUCAGCACUGAUUUUCAAUGGUCUGCUGAAGCUUUAUCAUCGUUUCCAGAGGACUACUACGAAUAUGACAGGCGUGGUAUGCGUUGUGGUUUUGUUCAUGACCAGCUGAAACCAGACGAGUAUCAAUCAGUUUGCAUUUUUUUGAAUAAAAUUCUGCGCUUAUCGAAACUACAGUCAUUGGCUAUCUACAGCUUUCUACCAAAAGAUUAUUUGAUCCAGUUACUUAGUAGCCCAACGAAUUUAACGAAACUAGAGCUUCACGGUUGGGCAGGUGAUGUACCAAAUCGAAUAUAA